CAGAGCGAAUCUCUUUCAUAUUAAAGCUCUUGUCAUCUUGCUACGGAAAGGCGUUCACACUGAAGAUCACGGGAUAAUCUUGGCACUCGUAGCAUUUAACCAUCAACAAGGGUAGUGCUAGCCACGAAGUUCAACAAUGGUUUUUGAAUCUAUGGUCAGUGAUCUCCUGAAUAGGUUCAUCGGAGACUAUGUGGAGAACCUCGACAAGUCCCAGUUGAAGAUUGGCAUUUGGGGAGGCAAUGUUGUUCUGGAAAACUUGAAAGUUAAAGAAAAUGCUUUGAGUGAGCUGGAUGUUCCAUUUAAAGUGAAAGCUGGUCAGAUUGGAAAACUGAUGUUGAAGAUCCCUUGGAAGAACUUGUACAAUGACGCUGUAGUUGCAACGUUAGAUGGUCUGUAUCUGCUGGUGGUUCCUGGAGCAACUGCGUCUCAGUUACGUACAUGUCCAUACAAUGCGAUAAAGUAUGACGCUGCGAAGGAGGAGCGUUACCAGCAGGAGGCCAAGCAGAAGGAGCUGCAGCGCAUUGAAGACGCGCUACUGAUGGCUGCUCGCAGAGGUGAGGAGACAGGAGUUAAACUAGUGGACUGACAUCACAGAGGUGAGGAGACGGGAGUUAAACUAGUGGACUGACAUCACAGAGGUGAGGAGACGGGAGUUAAACUAGUGGAUUGACAUCACAGAGGUGAGGAGACGGGAGUUAAACUAGUGGACUGACAUCACAGAGGUGAGGAGACGGGAGUUAAACUAGUGGACUGACAUCACAGAGGUGAGGAGACGGGAGUUAAACUAGUGGACUGACAUCACAGAGGUGAGGAGACGGGAGUUAAACUAGUGGACUGACAUCACAGAGGUGAGGAGACGGGAGUUAAACUAGUGGACUGACAUCACAGAGGUGAGGAGACGGGAGUUAAACUAGUGGACUGACAGAUAUUAGGUUCUGUUCU